AUGGCAGCUAUUCAUGAGCGCUAUUUUGAGACGACGCCGACACAUCGUCGCUCAUUACGAGAAUCUUAUCACGCAUCUCAAUUCACAACCUUAUUCAACAAACAGCUAAGCCAACCCAUCAGAGAAGAACACAAGGACCCCCUCUGGGCUGCUGCUGGUGCUGUUGCUAUUCUGACGUUUUCUACCCUUGCUGUGUCCUCUCCUGAUGAGGCAUGGCCUCUUGGGUCACCCGACUCUUCCGACCUUGGCUGGCUUCGUCUGGGGGUUGGUAAGAUGAAACUGUGGCAUCUAGUAAACCCGCUGCGGCCAGAAAGUGUGUACCGCAUCAUUUCUGAAUCAUUUGCAGAACUACAUCAAUCGGUGCCAACACGGGGCACCAAUGGCGUGUCAGUCGGAUUGGUGCAACUGUGCGGGCUUGACGAGUCGUCGACGCGAGAGAAUAAUCCUUUCUUCACGGUUGCGCAUGGUCUCUCUCAGCUAUUAGAGGUACCAAAGGGCAGGGUCUCCCUAGGCAGUGCUAUGAAAGUAUGGAGCCAUAUGGAUAAUAGGUUUGUGGCCCUAUUGGAAAUGAAAGACCCGGUGGCGCUUUUGUUGCUUAGCCUGUGGUACACUAAAGCCAGUGGAAGCAGAUGGUGGAUUAGCAUUCGAGCCAAACAUGAGCUUCCGGCUAUUUGCAGUUACCUGAAAACGUACCACAAGGACAACAGUGUUAUCCAAGCCCUUAUUCCAUCUAUAUAG